ACAUCAAAAUUGUUAACACAAGAAAAUCGAUUUAAGUUUUGGAAUAUCUAAAUAUAGUAAUGGGCGUUUUAGCAACCGCUCAUAUGAUCCACAUUGUGUGCGUUGCCCGCUGGCGACGUGAGACAACAGCGGAUGAUCACAUUCCGGGAUUGCAUCGCCGACAGGAGAUCCAGUUUACAGGACACGAUUCCAAUUCCGGUCGCAGCGAUGUCGACUAUAGGACCAUGACAUCCGUCAAAUAUCUGGAAUCCGUGGGGUCUAUUCCACAAGCGCAGAAAUUUAACCGCCUAUUCAGAUAUUGGUGGCCAUUGAAUGUAUGCAACGAUAUCCGACAGAAGUUUCCUCUGAUUAUCGAAAACUCGACACGUCCGUCAAGUAGCUGUGGAUGCCAAGGAUGA